UAACAUGAAGUCACGUGGUAUACGGUGCUGCUUAUAUUUCACCAUUUCACCAAAGUUUCUACAAUAAACACCAGUCUUUGGUGACUCCAGUAAGUUUCUAAUGUGAAGACAAAGGCUGGGGCUUUUCUUAAAAAGGCGCCUUCGAGCCUUGCGCAGUGCAAAGUGCAGCGCCCCUGGCUGCGCCCUAAUUGUUGUGCGCUCAAGGUGGAGGUUUUCUGCCACAUCACAUCUAAUUGCUGCCGCUACAGCGCGCAGUGCCGAGGCUGCUGUCCUGAAAAGAGGCGAGCUGUCAGGAGCAGGAAGCGGCUCAACCACAGCGGAAGCGGGAACGUGUCUUUCUUUCUCUCUUUCUCUCUCUUUCUUUUUUUUCGCAUUUCGGGACAAUUUCACUCCUACUUUGAGUAGAGAGAGAGGUGUCGAGGGGGAACAUGCGUUCAACGCGCAGGUGAAAAAAUUGCCAAUUUAACUUCCUCCGCUGGUGCAACUUUUCAGUCCUGCCUCGUACGGGUUCUCGUGAGGUUUGUUUUGUUUGUUUGUUUGCUUCAGCUGAGAUUUCUCGGAGAUAGUUUUGAAAUCUUGAGAAAUGUCUCGCAAGAAGGCUGCUAAAGGCAAAGCCGCAACCAGCAGCCCGUCUGCGGGCAGUCCCACCGGGGGGAAGGGGACCGGGAAAGCCGCGAGGAGCAGCCCGGGCAUUGUUCAGAUGAACGGUGUGGUCCAUCCCAGCAGACCCUCCAUCAGCAACAGCAGCGAGUUCUAUGACAUUGCCUUCAAGGUGAUGCUGGUUGGAGACUCUGGAGUGGGGAAAACCUGUCUACUGGUCCGUUUUAAAGACGGAGCGUUCUUGGCCGGCAGCUUCAUCUCCACUGUGGGCAUUGACUUCAGAAAUAAAGUCCUGAACAUUGAUGGAGUCAAGGUGAAGCUCCAGAUCUGGGACACAGCUGGACAGGAGCGGUUCCGCAGUGUCACUCAUGCCUACUACCGUGACGCCCAUGCUCUCCUGCUGCUGUACGAUGUCACCAACAAAACAUCCUUUGACAACAUACAGGCAUGGCUGACUGAGAUCCAUGAAUAUGCCCAACAGGAUGUUGUGCUCAUGCUGCUUGGAAACAAGGCUGAUGCCACUCAUGACAGGGUGGUGAAGAGAGAAGAUGGAGAAAGGCUUGCUAAGGAGUUUGGAGUCCCCUUCAUGGAGACCAGUGCUAGGUCAGGUCUCAAUGUUGAGCUGGCUUUCACUGCUGUGGCUAAGGAGCUGAAGCACAGGUCUGUGAAGGAUCCCAGUGAGAAGUUUAAGCUGCAGGAGUACGUAAACAAAGAGAUGAAGGGUACUGGGUGCUGCAGGUCUUAAAGCCUGCUCCAGUCACUCUCUGGAUCAGUCUGUGAGUGUGUGCGUGUGCGUGUGUAUAUAGAUAUACGUAUCACUCAUCUUCAUACACUAUGUAUAUCUGGCCUGGACAGAAAUGAGGAGUCAGCUCCAGCGAGGUAUAAAUCUUUUUGUCCCUCUGUUUCGCCACUCUUAAACCUCUUUGUCCCAGUACUCCCAACCUCAAUCUGUUGCCCUGCACUCCUCUCACUGCCCUCCUCCAUCCUGUGUGUCCUGCUUUUCUUCAACCACCUCCUUCUGCAGCUGUGAAUGUAGCCCCAGGUUAUGGUUUGCAAAACACAGAAGCUGCACACCUCAGUUAUUAACCUAUUAAUGGACAUUUUCCUCCAUUGUUUCCCCAUUUAUCUGCAUGAUUAUCUUUUGACCGUGGGCAUAGAAUCUGACACCUAGCAAAUACCUUUGCAUUACCUUGUGUGGUGAUUUUUAUUGUGGAGGGAAAUAAUCUUUUUUGCAGAGACAAGGCAUGUCUUUUAAAGCCCUUUAUUUCUUAAAUCCAUUUCAAAUGUCAGUGAAAUUAGUUUGAAUGUUCAUAUACUAGAUGUAUAUAGUGAUGUGUCUUCUGUCUAUGAUUCAGUGUUCACGUCAGUAAUUCAGGCUCCCUGGAGCCAGUUUAGCUCACCAGCAUAAACUCAAUCUAAGCAUUUCCAUGAUUCAACUGUGGAUAUAUAUAUUACUUCAACAUAACAUAAAAGUAAAUGAAUGUUGCUCUUUUGUAUACAAAGAAAUUGAGUACAGAAUAACAUCAUCAGCCACAUUAAACCAUUGUUUUAGUAGAUUUGAAUUCAUUCUUAAUGCAAAAAUAAUUUUGAAAAAUAGUUUAAACAAAUCUAGAGAAACAUGUUAGUGCAUGGUUUAUAGAACCUAAAAAGUUUUCAGACAGAUUUUUUUCAAUUAAAGAGGAUCAGUUUUGAGUCUUGAGAGCUCUAAUGCAACCUCUCUUCUUGAUAAUAUAGUCUUUUGUUUUGAAGUUAUUUUAAACAGAUGCUCAAACAUACUGUAUCUAAUCUAUAGACCUUAGGGUUUUGAAGGUGUCUUUACACUUUUCUUCUGCAUGUAUAAAAAGUUUCAAUAGGAAGCACUUUAGAUGGUAAAUGAGCAUGGGUGGGGUUUCAGAAAUUAAGACCUACAGUAUGUUGACAAUGGUACCUAAAGUAUUGUAUAUGAAUCACGGUUGUAUAUUUGUUUUUGUUUUACUAUUUUAUUUGUAACUGCAGACUGCUUUAAUUCCUGCUUUUGUUUUGCCAUUCAUGAAUAUAUAAAUGGGGUAUAUAGUGCCAUGGUCUUGUAAAGACAUUUUUGACCAGUAUGUUUCUUAUAAUCUGUUGACAGUAUUCAACCUAUUCUUCAUAAAAGAAGUGUAGGGCACUUUUUAUAUGACAGUUGUUUUGGUAGAUUUCAUCUUAGUCAUAGAAACCAUAAAAUUCUGAAUAGAUGUGUACAGUAUUUACUGUACAUUCUCCAAUCUUGAUGUUCUCAGUAAUGUAUUGGUUUUCGAUUUUACUACUUUUCAAUGUGAAACUUCUUUCUUGUAACUGAAAGUUAACCACAAUAAAAACAGGAGGUAAUGUGGCUUUUA